UUAAUGGUUACUUUCGUUUCCGUUGGGUUGGCCAGGUACCCGUAUUUUGUGAUUAAUAAUGUCUAAUGACAUUGUGGCCACAUGGCAGGUGGCUCUACCUGAUGGUGUCCAUGACAUUGAAUUUGAACAUGGAACCACAUCUGGAAAAAGAGUCAUAAGAGUAGAUGGCAAGGAAAUCUAUAGGACAGACUGGAUGUUUAAGUUGGUUGGCAAGGAGCAUUUUCAGAUAGGACACAGCAAGGCUAAAUGUACAAUCACAAUAGAUGCAGUCAGUGGAUUUGCCUAUGAAUAUACCCUAGAAGUUAAUGGAAAAAGUUUGAACAAGUUUAGAGAAAAUCAGAGUAAAAUACAAAAAGCCUGGGUGCUGACUAUUGCAGGGAACCCCAUUCGUGUGUGCUUAGAAAAAGACACUUUGGAUGUUUGGGUAAAUGGAGACAAAGUGGAAACUUUUGGAGAAUUUGGAGAGGAGGGAACUGAAACUCAUUUUCAGAUAGGCGCUCAUUCUGCUCACAUUACGGCCAUUAGUAGUGGAAAAAGACGUGACGGAAUAAUACACAAACUAUAUGUUGAUGAUACAGAAAUCCCAGAAUGCAAUGAGUGAACCAACUGUGAAUUUGACAGCUGAUUUUAUCCUUUCAUUCCACAGCUUUUUUUUCUGUAAACCGAUUUGUUUUUGAAUAAGUUUGCCAUAUGAUUUAUUCAUGAAAUGUCAAUCUGUCCAUACUCAGCACUGUUGUGUGAGAUGCAAUCAUUAGUUGGAAUCUUCAUGAUAACUCACAACUGAAAUUAACCUUGAAGUAAAUUAAUUAUUGAAAUUUAUACAUAAUAUAUGAUUUUUUGGCCAGGUUAAAUGAAACAUUUUAAAGUUUCUGAUUUCCUCGGUAAAAAGAAUUCUCUAAAUUUUGAUUGAAAAAGUCCAAACAUAAAAUCUAAGAGAAACAACCUGAUUAGAUUGUCACAGAGUUGUAAUAACACCUUACAAAGAGAUUUAAAAAUGCAAUAAUAUUUUUAGAUUCUUCAUAUUUUACUCAUAUUGUAAACACUUAUAUGUUGACAAUGACUUUAUUGUCUUUCUUUCUCUUUGAUUCAGUGCAAUUAUGGUUGUGAAUUUUCAGAAGCCAAACAAGGUAUUCGGACAGGAAUACUUUUAACAAUUACCUCAUUUAAAAUACAAUAUUCCCAACAUGCUUCAAUUUACAGUUGUGAUAUUGCACAUUUACUGAAGAAUUUUCUCAUGUUACAGUUUACAUUUCUUUUUUUUUUAUCCCAAAGUUACCUAUUGUUGUAAAUAUGUGACCCUUGACCUAUAUGUGUGUAGAAUGACCUUUCUAUAUGUGAGCAUUUUACAUCAAUAGAUGUUAUAACUUCUGUAAGCAGUAGAAUAUAAGUUAGAGUUUAGUGUUAUUAUUCCCUGAUAUUAAUAAAAAGUAGCUUCAAUUUUAAAAUAUUUGGAUCACCAUAUUGAUAUAUCAUGACCCCUCAAUGAAUGAUACAAUAAUUUUGACAUGUAUUUUAGAAGGAACUGCUUGUUCUCUCUAUGUUAUUUGAUUCAUGUAUUUAUGUAGAUCUUAAAUUAAAAAAAAUCUUUUUUAUUUUGAACCAUGCAUUUAAAGUCAAGUUUUCCACUUCCAGUUAGUAAUAAUGGAUUUGUUGUGAAUUUAUACAUAUUAAAUUAUGAAAAAAUAAAUUAAAUUAAUAAAGU